AUGGAAAAGCAAUUCCAGAAAAUUUGUUCCCCGGCAAGACGCAUCCACCUAAAUCCCCCGAUCGAACAUCGCGUAUGUUCAAGCAAAAUUGAGAACUUGGCACAGAUCGUCAAAAGCAUGUGCUGGGCGAGUGCCAGUCCCCGUCCCGUGUACGUCGUCGAGUUCCCCAGAGUGGCCGGCAUCCGCAUUGCCCAUAUCUUAAUAGUAAAGACAAUGGAAAAAACGCUUAUUUUGAAAGGAUGCAAUAGAGCCGAUAAAUCGCAUGGAAUUUGUAGACUGGCAGUGUAUUUGCCAGAAUCUCAAACAGUCUACUUUGCAGCCGGUACAGAACGAAAGUCUCUAAGUCGUGCCGAGGGUUCGCCAACUACUCUCACAGCAUAUUUCCAAUUGAACGCUCAAUGUGCCCAGAUCUUCGCCGGUACAUCACGCCAGCAAUACCCGAUUGACGCUAGAAAUCUCUAUUGCUACCAGAUUCCUGAAUUCUUUACACUCCACCGCAACCGAUGUACACCAAGAGACGUAGAAAGAUAUAGUCGACGAAUCCUGCUGCUAAACACAAAAGGAAAGACAUCAUUUGAACAUAUUCGCACCGUUGAUGGAACAGUAUAUCCCACGUUCUCUGAAGCAGCGAAAGCUGCUGGAUUCCUAGACGACGAUACGUAUCUAUGGCAAAGCCUUCUGGAAGUAGUAGUGUCAGACGGCUGCGACUAUCAGAAGCUUCUUCGCAUGCUUGCUGUGCUUCUGCGACGUAAAUACUGCUCAGGAAUUAUGGAACAAAUUCGCAAGCCGAUGUGUGACGACUACCUUUAUCAAGGAAUGGGUAUGGAGCUUGCCGUUACUUUAGCAUACUAUGACAUCCUUGAUAGAAUGAGUUUGCUGGGAAAAGAUUAA